CAGCCUUCCUCUCAAACUCUGGCGAAACUGAGCUAAACAAACCGCUUUCAAACCAGUGCUGCGAUAAUCUGUUCUCUGACUUACAGAGCGUGCUGUCGAUGCGUAACAUUUAAAAAGAUUUGGCACAAUGAACAGACGUGAAAAGGGAUAUUCAUUUUGAGACUUACGAAAAAAAUAUAACAAGCGAAAAGUUUGGUUUUCGAAGGAGGCUGCCGCCCGACAAAAGCAACAAAGCAUUUCAGCUCCGACCACACAUACGAAGACUCCAUGGCAUAAGGCCCAUUCUCAGAUUCUGCCAGUUCCUGGGGAUUUCUGUUAAGGAGCUCACCCCCUCUGACGCAGCGCUGCCAUUUUCCACCGCCAGAAGGGAACCAGGAAGCAGUCGGCGAGAGUCAUGCCUGCACUGGCCACCGGGGCCGGCCAUGAGCCAGGUCUGUAUGAGCUGCUGGCGGCAUUGCCUUCCCAGCUUCAGCCUCACGCCAGCUGCCCUGAAGAUAACACCUUCCUUCAGAAUAUGUUUGGGGAGAAAGGCCUCCACUCGCUUGUUAAGAUCCAUGAGCGGCUGCGGCACUACGAGGAGGGCAAACCCACGGCUGUCCUGAAAAGCGCAGCGGCUCUGGCCCAUGAAAUUUCUGAAGAACUGGCAAGAAAAUCUGAGAAUGUAGACAUGAAAGAGCUUCAGAAAAUACUGACAAAACCUCACAUGAAGUGCCUUCUGUCCGUCCACGACACUGUUGCCCUGAAAUGCUACGACCCUGAACUACCUCCACUUCCUGAAGACUACGAUGAUGAGGAAGACUCUGUGAAAAUCAUAAGACUCGUCAAAAACAAAGAGCCUCUCGGGGCAACGAUAAGACGUGACGAACACACAGGCGCCAUCGUCGUGGCCAGGAUCAUGAGAGGAGGACCAGCCGCCAGAAGCGGACUCAUUCAUGUUGGUGAUGAACUGAAGGAAGUCAACGGAAUCCCUGUGGAGGACAAGAAACCAGAGGAAAUAAUCCGUAUUCUGGCUCAGUCAGAAGGAGCCAUUACCUUUAAACUUGUCCCCGGUGUGAAGGAGGAGGCGCCAGUCAAAGAGCCAAAGGUGUUCAUGAAGGCACUCUUCGACUUUGACCCCAAAGAAGACAAGGCCAUCCCAUGCAAGGAAGCUGGUCUGGCUUUCAAGAAAGGCUCAAUCCUUGAGAUUGUGAGCCAGGACGAUGCAACAUGGUGGCAAGCCAAACAUGAAGGUGACGCCAACCCCCGCGCCGGCCUAAUCCCGUCCAGACAGUUCCAGGAGAGGAGGUUAGCUCUUCGACGGCCUGUUGCAACUCUUCCUAUCCAGAGAUCUUCAAGCAAGAGAUUAUAUGAUGUGGAGGUGGAACUUGCUCUCACAGAUGAGGAGAUUAAAGAGGAAGCCGACGCUAUUAGCGGAUUCCACUUAGCUGGCUUCAGAAGAAGCUUCCGCCUCAGCAGGAGAGACAAGAAGACAAACAAGUCGAUGUACGAGUCAAAGAAGAGUGAACUGUACGACACAGCGGACGUCCCCACGUACGAGGAGGUCGCACCCCACCGCAGGCCGAGCGGAGCCAAAUACCGACUGGUUGUGCUCGUGGGACCCACUGGCGUCGGCAUGAACGAGCUGAAGAGGAAGCUGCUGAUCAGUGACCCCCAGCAUUUUGGUGUGACCAUCCCACACACCAGUCGGCCCAAGAAGAACCACGAGACUGAGGGGGUUGAGUACCACUUCAUCUCCAAGCAUCUCUUUGAGGCGGACAUCCAAAACAACAAGUUCAUCGAGUACGGAGAGUUCAAAGGGAAUUACUACGGGACGACCCUGGACUCGGUUCGCUCUGUCCUGUCCAAAGGCAAAGUGUGUCUGUUGGACGUUCAGCCUCAUGUGCUAAAGGUUCUUCGGAUAGCAGAGUUCAAACCUUUUAUUGUGUUUGUGAAACCUCCAUCCAUCGAGAGACUGAAGGAAACCAGAAAGAAUGCCAAAAUCAUGUCAAGCAAGGACGACAAGAGAAGCACCAGGCCAUUCACGGAGGAAGACUUCCAGGAGAUGGUGAACACUGCGCAGGUGAUGGAGACUCAGUAUGGUCAUCUGUUUGAGAAGGUCAUAGUCAACGACGACCUCUCAACGGCCUUCAGCGAGCUGCGGUCAGCACUAAAGAAAGUGGAGACGGAAGCUCGUUGGGUUCCAGUCAGCUGGACUCACUCCUGAAACCAGCAAGGACUGUAAAAGGGUUAAAGGGCGGGGCUUUUCCCACAAAAAUACGUGUUUUUUUCUAGAUGAAUACACAUAUCUGUUUCAUAUUUGCUGCGACUAGUUCUGAGGGAAUCGGCAGAACAAAUCUGGACCGCCCCGCCGACUUUGGCUUUGCCACACUAAAACCAGAAAAGUGGGAUGUGGAGGGAUUUGGAUCUUCAGUUCCAUCCAUUUUGUUCAGGAUAGGAGUUCUGGACACAUUUCCAGGUCCAAUCCAGAAUCCUCAACCUGUUUGUCCUUUCUGCCAACAUUAUCCGGUGGCUUAGAAAUGGACCAGAAGGAGCGACGGACUUCAUGCUGGCUCCAGAACUGUGAGGGAAAAAAACAGGGUAAACAAUAAAAAAAAAAGAAGUUUUCUCUCUGACCACACGCCUGAGCUUUCACAACGUUCAGUCCAAAUAAAACUCAGCCAGGUACUCCAACAAGAAGGGCAAUAACUAUUUUAUUUAAAGAAAUUAAUAUAUUUUCUGAAAUGUUCCACUAGUUCUUUUUAUACACAAAAUGUAACUUUCAGAGGAACUGGUCUUAACUGUAGCACCAUUUUUUAAAUGGAUAUUUUCUAUUCUAGAAGAGUUUCAUUUCCCAUCAGCUAGAUGUUGUUGGUUCCAUUUAAAGCAGUUUGAAAAAGCCAGGUUUUAUUAGAUUUUUUUAGGGUACAUUUUUUGUUUUUUUUUCCACAAAGAUACUGUAACUUCUGUGAAAUUCAUUUCCAGAUCUUCACUUUUUUGGAUAAAAUAAAGGCUUUUACUUUCAUUUAUUUGAAUUUAAAGUGGUCUCAAACCAGAACAGAACCAGAACUGUAGCUUGUGAUCAAACGACACUUCCUUUCCUCCUCUCUUUUUUGGUUCCUGUUUUUUUCAUGUGCUCUCGUCACAAACUUUGGAGAAACCUCAAAGAGAGUUGAAGGAAAAAAAAUAUAUUUCAUAAGAGAAAAUUACAUCUGUUUUUAAAUAAUUCCUGGGUUGAAAGGUACGUAUAAGAAUCAAAGUUGGUAUCAAUUUCAUAAUAAAAGUUCAAAAACACAAAUUUUAGUUUUAUAAAAUGCAGUAGAGAAAUGUAAGGCCUUGUUUGCUCCUGUGCGUCGACUGUGGGUGAUGAAUACAUUUUUAUUUUAUUCUCAAAAAAGGCUCAAAUGUUUUUUGUUUUUUUCCAUCUGCUGUCAUGUUGACAGUUGUCACAAAUUUUGGUUUCAAACAGUGUUUUAGGGAUUUCAAGUACUUCAUUUUCUGUGCGCCACACCUCCACUCUUCCAUUGAUAAGGGGUCACAUUUGUACAGAAGACUGUUUUUAACUUGUAAAUGAAGAGGCCGCUUAUGUGGCACACUGUAUGGGUCUUUAUGCUACAGUAAAGAACAUCCAGCCAAUCACAA